GUUGAUUGCAGGGAGCGAUCAAACAUUUCUCCCGCGCUUGCGUGCUCCUUGAGUUUAUCGGUGGGGAACAGCUGCAGCCGGUGGGUCCAUGCCACCAACAGCUCAGACAUGCAUUUGAUCUUUCCUUUCAUAUUGCCCGCGAUCAAUCCUCUCAGCAACAAAAAGCCUCAUCCCGUCUCUCAGAAGGGAUGCUAUUAUUAACCGCUUUGCCCAGCCUCCAAAACCGCAACCCUGAGUAAUAAGCGGCGGGUUGCUAGUCAAAACUGGCUAGCCAGCGCCACCAAUAUCAGGAAGGAGUCUGGAGCCCCAAGUUGCGUGUUGUGUGCGCGCGUGCGCUGUUCAGCCGCCUUUUGCCCCUAGCCCUAACGAAACGCUUGCCCUCUCCCCCUUAGCUCCAUGAGACACUCCUUCCCAAGCGAGACGCUACCUUGACUCGGGCGGCACACGUUCAAUGGUGAGAAAGGCUGAAAAGUCGAGCCCCAUGCCAUCGCUUGUUGAGCGCAGCUUGACGUGGGGCGUGUCAUCGACCUGCCGAUGGGAGCCCGCCCUUGCCUGGGGGCAUCGCGAUGUGCUGGGCCGUUCUGAGCUUGGCUCGACGGCAUAGCUGAGUGGACAGCCAUAUACCGCGCCGACGAGAAUAUUCUUCCCCGCCUCCAUGCCCAGGCCACACCGACUUGAUGAUUGCGCCCUUUCCUGCUUCCCGGGUGUGGGGACAGAGGCAACUGCGGAGAAAUUCAGGUUGUGGAACGUCGCACGCCUGCCUUAACCGUGUACCAAGGUGGUGGCUGUAGGGCAGACGUCAAAGCAAUUAGCCGUCAUCUUUCGGGACUUCCUACCGCCCGGUGUGCCAAGGUCACGGCUGCAGACGGCUUUUUCACAGCGUCGACGUUGGCAGCCCAAUCUGGCGACGCGCGAGCACACUCCACGGCAGAAGGGCUGGUGGGCCAAGAGGCCCAGAAAAAAAAAACUAAAAAA